CCCUCUCCAUUUUCAAAAUCCACCCCCCUUUCUCUUCUCCCCUCCCUCGUCCCCCGUUCUCUAGGGUUUAUUUACCAAAUCCGAAGGUCUCUUAGAUACGCGGAGCAACAAUCCAUGGAGCUCUCAGAGGAGAAGGUCGCCGCCAUUAGCGGCGUCGACGAUGAAGAGUACGAGGAGGUGGAAGAAGAAGUGGAAGAGGAAGUAGAAGAGGAGGUCAUUGAAGAGGUAGAAGAAGAGGAAGAGGAGAGAGAAACCGAGAGCAAAGAGGUUGUCUUAGGUAACGUAGAUAGUGCAGGUCAGGAGAUGAAGCAGGGCGUUGAUGGAUCGUCUUCGUCUGAUUCAGGAAAAAUCUUUGUUGGAGGUGUUGCUUGGGAGACUACUGAAGAGACUUUUGCCCAAUACUUUGCAAAGUAUGGAGAGAUUACCGACUCUGUGAUAAUGAAGGAUAAGCACACCCAGAAGCCUCAUGGAUUUGGAUUUGUAACCUUUGCUGAUCCAUCUGUGAUCGACAAGGUCUUGGAAGAUGAGCAUGUCAUAGAUGGGAGAAUGGUAGAAGUGAAGAGGACAGUUCCCAGAGAAGAUAUGUCUUCAUCCAGAGGAGGGCCUAAGACAAAGAAAAUCUUUGUGGGUGGUAUACCUCCAUCAUUCACUGAAGAUGAACUAAAGGAGCAUUUUAGCUCAUAUGGAAAAGUUGUUGAGCGUCAAAUAAUGCUUGACCACAGCACUGGACGAUCACGAGGAUUUGGCUUUGUCACAUUUGAAAGUGAGGAGGCAGUUGAAAAGAUAAUAUCAGAGGGUAAAAUGCACGAUCUUGGAGGAAAGCAGGUUGAGAUCAAGAAAGCCGAACCCAAGAAACCCGGUUUCGAUUCAGUACCCAAUGGUAGAGCUGCCUACAGUGCUGGCAGCGCGAACACAUAUGGAUAUGGGGCCGAUGCUUAUGGGUAUGGUGGUGGUUAUCGAUCAAGCAGCUUCUACUACGGUGGAAGAAGUGAUGGAGUUUAUGGCCGAGGCUACGGCUAUGGUGGCGCCCUCAGCUAUGGUUCUGGAUUUGGGCCUAGUUUUGGUGGGCCUAUGUAUGGGGCCGGUGGAUAUGGUGCUGGUACUGGUUAUGGUGGCUAUGGAGGUGGUUACGGUGGUGGUUAUGGUGGAGGUCGGGGAUAUGGUAGAUAUCAUCCGUAUGGAAGAUAGAGAUUUUAACUUUUAGUAUUUAACGGCAUUAAAGAGUAUCAUAUGCUUGAGAAUGUUUUAGGAGUUUAAUGGUAUUGGCUUUUUAGCCUGAGUUGUUAAGUUUUGCUUUCAAAAUACAGUUCUGUUUUGUUGGUUUAAUUUUAACAGGGAGAAAAGGGCGAUGGUUUAUACUGGUAACAGCCAAUCUUAUAAGCCUUACCUUUGACGAUGUGACUUAUAUUUUUGGUGUCAUAAUUCUGUAUUUCUAUAUGGAACUCUGCUCAUUUCUGCUGGUCUGUGGUCAUGCAGAUUUGAACUAUAAUUCACGUUCAUUAUUUUGACUUC